CGAAUCAGCGGCUCACGGGAGGGAGCACGCGGCCUUGGCUCUGAAGCGUGGGGGCCGGGGGAACCCUGGAGGAGUGCCCUGUCCUGCAAGAUGGACCCAGCACUGUCUGCUGUCCGACUCACCGUCCAAGAAGCCAUUCACACCCUUUCAUCCUCAGAGGAUGCAGGCCACAUCCUCUCUACCCUGGGGACCUUGAAGCAAUACCUGGGCGGAACCCAGGAUCCAGCUCUCCCUGAGAAGGAGGAGUUUACCACCAUCCACUUCUCCGCCGUUCUCAGAUGUCUGGUCAGCAAGCUGAGUCCAGGUUGGCUGGAGCUAUCCCCUGAUGGCCAGCUGGAGCAGCUUUGGGAGAGCUUCUUCCUGGAGGGCCCCCCAGACCAAGCCUUCCUGGUGCUGAUGGAGGCCAUUGAGAGUACUGCUGGCCCUAGCUUCCGUCUGCUGAAGAUGGCUCGGCUUCUGGAGGCAUUUCUGAGCAAGGGCAGAGUGGCUGCUCUAAUGGAGGAGCAGUGCCGGCCGCAGACAAAGCCCAGCUUCCCCCUGUUCCAGGAGACGCUGCUCAGCAAGGUGGUGGGCUUGCCUGAUCACCUGGGCAACUGUCUCGGGCACGACAACCUGACCCAGUUCUUCCCCCAGAACUACUUCCCUCUGCUUGGCCAGGAGGUCAUGCAAGCUCUAAAGGCAGCUGUGAAUUUUCUCCAAGAUGGCCUAGACUGCUCUGUCUCCUUCGUGUCUCGAGUCUUGGGGAAGGUCUGCAUCCAGGGGAGAAAGAAAGAGAUCCUGGACGUGCUGGUGCCCCAACUGACAGUGCUCACCCAGGACAGCUGUCUGUGGCAGCGGGUGUGCUGGCGCCUGGUGGAGCAAGUGCCUGACCGGGCAGUGGAGGCUGUGCUGACAGGGUUUGUAGAGGCCACUCACGGGCCUGAAGUUCUGUCGCGACUCCUAGGGAACGUGGUGGUGAAGAGUAAGAAAGCGCAGUUUGUGAUGACCCGGAAGCUCCUGUUCCUGCAGUACCAGCACACGGUGAGAAUGCCCGGGCAGGCUGGUGCCUGCAGGCUUUGCAAAUCACAGGAAGAGUUGUUAUUAGAAGUAGAGUAGGGGAACUGGGUGCAUGGCACACCAUGUCACCCAGAGGUGGGGGCAGUU